UGUGUGCGUGAGAGAACGAGCCACGCCGCGCGCGCUUCAUCGAUGCUUAUCCAGAGAACCUACGCCCGCGCGCUCACCGCGCGCCCACCCCUCAUCCCCUUCAAAUCCUUCACUCAAUCCCUUCCCUUCUCCUCCGCACCUCUCACGAAACCCCACAACAAGCACUAUCCCCCUCUCGCUGCUCUUCUUGAGAUUGGUGGCGUUAAGAUCGCGAAAGAUGAUGUUGUGAGGGAGGGGGAUCCUACUAACAAUGUCCCGGAUACGAUUUUCUCGAAGAUUGGGUUGCAGCUGCACCGGAGGGAUCGGCACCCGAUUGGGAUUUUGAAGAAUGCGAUUUAUGAGUACUUUGAUGAGAGGCAUGAGGGGAAGUUUGUCAAGUUUGAUGAUCUAUGUCCUAUUGUUUCUGUCAAGCAGAAUUUUGAUGAUGUAUUGGUUCCUGCUGAUCAUGUAAGCAGGAGUUAUAAUGAUACAUAUUAUGUCGAUGCUCAAACUGUCUUAAGGUGCCACACCAGUGCACAUCAGGCAGAGAUUUUAAGGAAGGGGCACACCCAUUUUCUUGUAACUGGAGAUGUCUAUCGUAGAGACUCCAUUGACUCAACUCAUUACCCUGUAUUUCAUCAGAUGGAAGGAUUUCGUGUUUUUUCCAAAGAUGAAUGUAGAGAUUCUGAUAUGGAUGCAACAUCCCAUGCAGCUGCAGAUCUAAAGAAAUCUCUUGAGGGUCUGGCGCAACAUUUAUUUGGUGCUGUGGAAAUGCGAUGGGUCGAUACAUACUUUCCAUUCACUAAUCCAUCUUUUGAAUUGGAGAUAUUUUUCCAGGAAAAUUGGAUGGAAGUGUUGGGUUGUGGAGUGACUGAGCAAGAAAUACUGAAAAGAAAUGGAAGAACGGAUUGUGUUGCAUGGGCUUUUGGUCUAGGGCUAGAGCGACUUGCUAUGGUUCUGUUUGAUAUUCCAGAUAUCCGACUAUUCUGGUCAACUGAUGAACGGUUUACCUCACAAUUUUCGAAGGGCCAGCUUGGUGCCAAAUUCAAGCCAUUCUCAAAGUUUCCUCCCUGCUACAAGGAUAUGAGUUUUUGGAUAAACGAAUCAUUCACAGAGAACAAUUUAUGUGAAGUUGUCCGAGGGAUUGCUGGAGAUCUAGUGGAGGAGGUGAAGCUGAUUGACAAUUUCACUAACAAAAAGGGAAUGACUAGCCACUGCUAUAGAAUCGCAUACCGUUCAAUGGAACGUUCUCUUACAGAUGAUGAAAUAAACCAGUUGCAGUGGCGUGUUAGAGAAACAGUGGAGAAUAAGUUGAAUGUCACACUAAGAUGAGAUUCAACUGAAAUUAUCGACCAGACUGUUCUCCACGGUGCAUAUCCAUUCACCAUAUUCAUUUUUUGGCACACUAUGCCGUAAGUGUUGUACCUGAUGCUCCUUUGACAUUAUUAUCUGGAACAAAAAUUUUGUUGUCAAGUGCCAAACUGAAUUGGGAAACAUGUAUUUAUGAUGUUCUGAUGUGCAUCAAAAUUGUCUAUCGUGUGAAAAGUAGUGUGUUUACGUCCCAUGUGAAUAAAAAAGGUAUGAUCUUUUAUUUCCUA